GGAUGAUGGUGGCUGGGCGGAGCGAUGUAGGAACGACGAGAGGAGAGAUAUAAACCCACUCUGAGAUCACCAGGGUAAGGGAUAAAGAUAGUGAAACCCACCGUCUUGCUUUCACCGAGCACUGGUUAUAUAUUGCAUCACUUCAUCAAAGAGAGGGAGGCCAGCCCCAGGAUGAACGGCAACUCAGGUGCCGGUGUGGUGACGGCCCCCCCUCCCACCACAGCCCCACACAAGGAGCGGUACUUCGACCGGGUGGAUGAGAGCAGCCCGGAGUACCAGAGGGAGAGAAACAUGGCACCCGACCUGCGGCAGGACUUCAACAUGAUGGAGCAGAGGAAGAGGGUCUCCAUGAUACUACAGAGCCCGGCAUUCUGCGAUGAGCUGGAGACAAUGAUCCAGGAUCAGCUGAAGAAGGGCAAGACUCCCACGAGCCUGUUGGCUCUGCAGCAGAUCGCAGACUUUAUGACCACCAGCAUGCCUUCCAUGUAUCCCGCUGCACCUCAGGGAGGCAUGGCGGCGCUCAACAUGAGUUUGGGUAUGGUGACUCCAGUGAAUGAUCUGCGUGGCUCAGACUCCAUUUCCUAUGACAAGGACGAGAAGUUGCUCCGCUGCAAGCUGGCGGCCUUUUAUCGGCUCGCUGACUUGUUCGGCUGGUCCGAGCUCAUCUACAACCACAUCACAGUCAGGGUGAACUCAGACCAGGAGCGUUUCCUAAUUAUACCUUUUGGGCUCCUGUACAGUGAAGUCACCGCUUCCAGUCUGGUGAAGAUAAACUUUCAAGGUGAGAUAGUUGACCGGGGAAGCACCAAUCUCGGGGUAAACCAGGCCGGCUUCACUCUCCACUCUGCCAUCUACGCUGCACGGCCCGAUGUCAAGUGUAUCGUACACAUACACACAUCCGCGGGUGGUGCGGUGUCCGCCAUGAAAUGCGGCCUGUUGCCCAUCUCACCUGAGGCGCUGUCCCUGGGUGAGGUGGCCUAUCAUGACUACCAAGGCAUACUGGUGGAUGAGGAAGAAAGUACCCUCAUACAGAGGAACCUUGGGCCUAACAGCAAGGUGCUCAUUCUGAGGAACCAUGGCUUGGUGUCUGUAGGCGAAACAGUGGAGGAAGCUUUCUAUUACAUCCACAAUCUGGUCACUGCCUGUGAGAUCCAGGUGCGAACACUGGCCAGCGCUGGAGGGCCAGAUAAUCUGGUGUUGUUGGACCCAACAAAAUACAAGUCCCGCCCACGGGUCCCGGAGCCAGCCGUUGACAGGCCUUCUGCACACCCCAAGUGGCUAGUCGGGGAGCAGGAGUUUGAGGCUCUCAUGAGAAUGCUCGACAACUUGGGCUAUAGGACGGGCUACCCUUACCGCUGCCCAGCAUUGCGAGACAAAGCUAAAAAGCACAGUGAAGUGGAGAUUGCUCCCUCCACCCAUGGUGGUUACUCAUACGGGGAGGACAGUGACUCAGGUGCUCGCUCCCCAAUGAAACAGAGCUUCCAGCGCGGCCAGCGUGACAAGACCCGCUGGCUCAAUGCCAGCGGCCGGCCUGAUGAGCCCUGCGAGGAUGGGCCCGACGGCAGCAGCCCCAAGUCGAAGCCUAAGGUGUGGACGAACAUAACACACGAUCACGUCAAACCCUUGCUGCAGUCUCUCUCGUCUGGUGUCUGCGUGCCAAGCUGUAUAACCAACUGCUUGUGGACAAAGGAAGACGGACUCCGCCAGUCUGCCGCAGCCAAUCAGUUCAUCCCAAUGAACACCAACCCAAAGGAAGUCCUGGAAAUGAGGAAUAAGAUCCGGGAGCAGAACCUGCAGGACAUAACAACAGCAGGGCCCCAGUCUCAGGUUCUGUGUGCCAGCACCAUAGUGGAACGCUCCUUCACCCAGAGAUUGUCAAUCUGGCAGGACGCCCCUCUGUCUGACUGUACAGACACUAUUGAUGGCCUCGAUGUGUCCGAGGGUUCCUAUAGUCCUGCUAAAUCAAUUAGAAAGGGGGAGCUAGUGACCGCAUCCAAAGCCAUCAUCGAGAAGGAGUACCAACCCAAGGUUAUCGUCAGCAAGCAGGGUCCCAACCCCUUCACAAAACUCACCGACCAGGAGCUGGAGGAGUACCGCAAGGAGGUGGAGCUGAAACAGAAAGGGCCUGAAGUGCAGGGAAGAGACGAUAGUAGGGAGGGAUCAGCCUCCUAUCCUGAGCCUGAAACGCUACCGAGGGGUCGGGCCUCCGUCCCCACACCUCUGCAGUCUUCCACUGAGUCACCCAGCUUAGAGAUAGCCCCACCUCCAACUGCCACACCGGCCUCUGAGCGGGGCUCUUCCUCCAUUGUUCUUUCCAGUGGGGCUGAGCCACCUCAGGGAGGCACAGACUCUGCAGACGACGUUUUUUCGACAGCAGAGUUUUUUUCAGCUCCAGAUUCCCCACACAAGGAGUUCCACUGUGCCGUGGUGCGAGCCCUCAGCAAGGAGCCAUUGGUGCUAGCGGCAGCUAAGGCAGAGCAGGCUCCAGACCUGGAGCAGCUUGAAGAGCCUGAGGAGGAAGAGCGCAAAAGCCAGAAACCCACCACCACUCCACCCAGCACCCCCAUCAGAGCAGAGGAAGACGAGUCCUUUACCAGAAUCCCUGCCAGAACCAACCUAUAAGGAUGACAGUGACGCCGCCACCCUGAGACAGACCCUUCCAGAUUUAACACCCGAUGACCCCUUCGAUGCCCCACCACUUCCUGCUGAAGACUGCCCCGCGGCCACUGUAGACACCGCUGAGGUGGAGGAGCCUGCGGAAGCUGGCGACCAGGACGGAGAAGAGUCUCCCAGCAAAUCUCCCUCCAAAAAGAAAAAGAAGUUCCGCACUCCUUCCUUCUUAAAGAAAAACAAAAAAAAGACAGAGUCCUAAAUUAGAGAAUGUUGGAUCGGUCCUCAAGGCUGGCCUCUGCCUCUUUUCAGUUUCGCUUCUUGUCUAUCAAUGCACCCUGCGAGCAAGACACAGUAACACACAGUUACGCUUUUUUUGUUGUUUUGACAUUUGUCGCUGGCUUAUUAACCUAUUUUUCCUUGUUAGUGUUUGCCAAUUUUGUAUACAGUGUAAAAAUGAUUGAUUGCACAAAGGUUUUUAAUUAUUAGAGGCUUUUUAGUUGUGAGUGAUGCAUUCUGUCUAGUCCACUCUAUCUGGCCUUUGAUGCAUGUCUAUUACUACAGGCCCACAAUUAAUUAAGGUUUGAGGGUGAGAUUUUAGGGUUUUAUCACCCUCAUUUAUUUUUUAAAGAGUAUUACUAAACUGUUGUAACCACUAGAAUGUAAUGGGAUUGUAUCAAAAAUAAGUGUCUUUCAAAAACAGUGAAUGCCGAAAGAGAAGCUUGGACUCACAUUUAACUGGUGGUCAAUUUGGACAGUGAGAACUACAAAUUGCAUAGUGCUAAUUUUACCCUGUGAAGCUGUGCGCCCAUGUAAGAACAUGUUGCUAGGCCGGGAAAACAGUUGGGAUAUUUUCAGGUAAUUAAUAAUGGAAAAUGUAGUCAUCCAAACUCAAUAUUACUGUUUCCAUAAUCCAAUAUUUCAUUAAAUCAUCCAGAAGCUAAA